UAUAGGAAUCAACCACGUACGAUUUUUGAAGCUCACCAGCUUCUUUCAACCACUCUCAAGGCGACACGACACUGCACCAGGCUGAAACCAAAGGACGGGAAGGAUUGGAACUGUGACCUUUCAGUGAAGACUCUCAACAUUGGUGGGGGCCGCACGACACGGUCACGGACGCAGAAUCGACUCACUUCAACCGAAGGCAACUCAGGCCCCACAAGUUCAAUAUUCAAGCUUCAGCCACUCGAGACUCACCAGUCAAAGUCUGAAGUUGGUCAGUGCUUUCUCUCGAUCGGACGUCUUAGGAAGUUGGCCUUGCCGGCAAAAUCUCGAACAUCCUCCCAUUGAGACAGCCCAUUCCCAAAGCUUAGGCCGAUAGGUUUACUAUUGCCAGAGGACAUUCUAACUUGCACCAUCACAUAGGAAUCGCAGCUAAAAUCAUGAUGCCCGAACGUUCCGACUGUCACACGAGAGGAAAUACUGAAGGUCAAAUCCAGCCGCCGUACUCAGCGUGCCAAUAUCCGCAGAGUCAAACUAUAACUGGAGGGGACCCUCAAAUCCAGUAUAUUUCAGCGCAAACCCCACAUGUCCAAUAUUCGCAGACCCAGCAUUCUCAUAGUCAGGAUUUGCAGAGACUUCAGCAAAGUCAGGAUGUAACCCAGCAAGGGAAAGAAAGAAAUUCCCAAGUCAAAGAUGGGAUAUAUUGCCACCUUUGUGAACACGGCCAGCAAGUGAAGGAGGAAGGUGACGUGGAAGCUCAGGGCUAUUCCAAUACAUGGUUGGAUUUUCGGACGUCGAAACCCGACUCAAAUCAGGAAAAGCUGAAGAAGGAAAAGAAAAGGCUUCAAGUUGAUAAAAGUGAAUUAGAAGAGAUACUGCGGGCUACCCAGAAAUCAGCUGCGUCUGAAAGGCUUGACUAUGAGAAUAAACUCCGACGUGCAGAUGCAGCUCAACAGAGGCUAGAGAACGAAAAAGACGGAGCUGACCGCGAGAUAGCACGCUUGAGGCAAGAAAUGCAGAAAUUGAACCGGCAAAAGGCUGCAGUCUGUGAGGAGCUUGCCGAGGAAAGAAGUUUCACUAAGCAAUUGCAAAUAGAGAGACGCAAACAUGAAGCUGUCAUCGGCAAAGCGCAGUCAGCUUUUGUCUCGAAGCUCUCUGAUAUGGUAUCUACCGAGCUACCGGAUGACAAGGUUAGAGAACAGCUGCAGGAUAUUUUCAAGGAUUCUCAAGAAUGGGCGAAAGAAAACUGCGCUUGCGAACUGGAGAAUACAACUGAAAUGAAGGAACGCUUGGUCGACAUUGGAGUCCUAGCUCCAGAAGAUUCAAUGGAGCCGCACGACUACUUCAACUUCAACGCGGACAUAAUCACGGACAUCCUCCUAGAAGCGGUGCUAAAUCAUUACCUUUGUUCUACCUUUAUCAGUAACCCGUUUUUUACUAGUAGCUCAGCCCUGUGGACAGAUGAGACCUCUGUCGACGAGAAUGUUCUGAUCGUUUUACAGAGGGUCACAGAUUAUCUUCAGAUCAAGAGGGCAGCCAUCUGGCGCAGUGACACGAUCAAGCUUCUCAUGGAAGAUGAACACAGUCAUACGCAGAAAAAGCUUGCAGCCUACCGAAGAUUGGCGAAGUCAUUCAUCCAACGCUGGAGGAUGCUAAUCCGGAGCCGGGUGGAGGUUGAAGAGGAGGAACUACUCGUCGGCCUGAUCGCUAGAUUCGCCGACCUCACCUCGAAGCUCUGGUGCCUGAAGGCAGAUAUUGAGUUCCACGGUCUUGACCACUUCGGAGGUGAAGUAAGGUUUCGAGUCUGCUCAAACGAGAUGUCAGGCGCGCAAGUUCUGUCUUUGGAAGAUGGGAGCACAAGGCUAGAUGGUCGUCCGAUCCCACUGGUGAUCCAGCCGAAGAUAGAUGCCUCGCGUAAAACAGGUUGUAAUCAUGCUGGAAAGCGCACUAUUUGGGCGAAGGGUGUAGUCUGGGUCUCGAACCAGGCUGUGCCAAAGCUAGUGCCAAAGUGUUCUCCGAUGCAGCUCGAUCUCAUGAAUGAGGUCUUGACCGGUGCUUCUGACACUGUAGGGAUGCAAAUAGAGUAG